AUGGACAAGAUAGAGAACUGGGCAAGCACCAACCACAUGAAGUACAACAAGAACGAGUGCCUGAUUCUGCACCUGGGAAGGAACAACCAUGGACGUACCCAGCAGAGCACCUCUCGUCUUUGGAUCCUCUAUGGCUUGGUUCAGAUGCCCAACAGCAGCUCCAUCAGCGAGUUCCUCCUCCUGGCGUUGGCAGACACGCGGCAGCUGCAGCUCCUGCACUUCUGGCUCUUGCUGGGCAUCUACCUGGCUGCCCUCCUGGGCAACGGCCUCAUCAGCACAGCCGUAGCCUGCGACCACCGCCUGCACACCCCCAUGUACUUCUUCCUCCUCAACCUCGCCCUCCUCGACCUGGGCUGCAUCUCCACCACUCUCCCCAAAGCCAUGGCCAAUGCCCUCUGGCACACCAGGGCCAUCUCCUACAAAGGAUGUGCUGCACAGGUUUUCUUUUUACUAUUCCUCUUUGGAGCAGAGUAUUCCCUUCUCACCAUCAUGUCCUAUGACCGCUACGUUGCCAUCUGCAAGCCCCUGCACUACGGGACCCUGCUGGGCAGCAGAGCUUGUGCCACCAUAUCAGCAGCUGCCUGGGGCACUGGGGUCCUUAAUUCCCUGCUGCACACUGCCAGUGUAUUUUCGCUGCCUUUCUGCCAAGGCAGUGCUGUGGAUCAGUUCUUCUGUGAAAUCCCCCAGAUCCUCAAGCUCUCCUGCUCAGAUGCCUACCUCAGAGAAAUUUGGCUUCUUGGGGUCAGUGCUUCUUUAGUAUCUGGGUGUUUUGUUUUCAUUCUCUUCUCCUAUGUGCAGAUCUUCAGGGCCGUGCUGCGGAUACCCUCUGAGCAGGGACGGCACAAAGCCUUCUCCACGUGCCUCCCUCACCUGGCCGUGGUCUUCCUAUUUGUCAGCUCUACCACGUUUGCGUAUCUGAAGCCCCCCUCUAUCUCCUCCCCAUCCCUGGAUCUGGUGGUGUCAUUUCUGUAUUCGGUGGUUCCUCCAGCACUGAACCCCCUCAUCUACAUCCUGGAUCUGACGAUGGCAGUUCUGUACUCAGUCGUGCCUCCAACCCUGAACCCCAUUAUCUACAGCAUGAGGAACCAGGAGAUCAAGGAUGCAGUGAAGAAGAUGAUAGCAUACAAUAAGAUGACCAACCAGAGCCAGCCAAGAGACUCCAACCUGACCCAUGUCAAAGGAAAAUAA